AUGGCUGCUGUUGACACCUCUACAUCCGCUGGCAUUGAGUCGGCUGAGUUCGAUUUCGUGGUUGUGGGAGGCGGUACCUCAGGCCUUACAGUCGCCUCUCGACUGACCGAAAACGAAGGCAUCCGAGUACUCGUGCUAGAGGCUGGCCAAAACCGCCUCGAUGACCCGAAAAUCACCGUCCCCGGUCUUGCAGCGAGCACAUAUUCCGAUCCAGACUAUGACUGGUGUGUCACAUGUGAACCUCAGGCGCAUCUCAAUGGCCGCACUAUCGGCCAGCCAACAGGAAAGGUCCUUGGCGGUUCAUCUGCCAUCAAUCUCGGAAUGAUCAUAUACCCAUCCCAAUCCGACUUUAAUUCGUGGGAGAAACUGGGCAAUCCAGGCUGGGGAUGGAGCUCCAUUGCACCGUACUUUCGCAAGUUCCAUACAUACUCCAAGCCCGACAGGGAGGGCCUGGGUGAAGAGCUCAUGCUUGACUACAUGGUCGAAAAGGCCCAGGGAGACAGUGGACCGAUUCAAGUCUCGUUCGGCGGCGCCGAUGGGUCUGCACCCUUCAGCAAAGCCUGGCCACGUACUUUCCGCACCCUCAACCUGGACAUGACCGGUGAUCCCAUCUCGGGCGUCGCGAGCGGCGCAUUCAACCCCCCAUCCAAUAUCGAUCCUACCACUCGCACAAGGAGCUAUGCGGGCUCCGCGUAUCUGAACGACAAAGUUCUCAAGCGUCCGAAUCUCCGGGUCAUCACUGAAGCCUUUGUCGAGAAGGUAGCACUGGAGAGGCAGCCCGAUGGAUCCUGCAGGGCGACCGGUGUCCACUUCACCGCGAAGGACGGCACAGCCCAUCAGAUUGCAGCCAAGCACGAGGUCAUCGUUGCUGCUGGCGCCUUGAGAACGCCCCAACUGCUUGAACUGUCCGGCAUUGGCUCCAAAGAACUGCUCACGAGGCAUGGAAUCGAAUGCUUUGUCGACAACAGCCAUGUUGGAGAGAACCUCCAGGACCACGCGCUCGUGCCCGCUUCCUGGGAGGUCCAAGACCCGAUGACAUCUGGCGACCAGAUGCGGGAUCCUGCCGUCCAGCAAGCUCUGUUCGCAGCCUACCAAUCCGCAGCUGCGGGGCCUCUUUCUGCCUGUCUGCUCCCUUCGGCAUUCUUCCACGCCCUCGACCAGGACCUCGCCCCAGCCGACUUGUCGGAACUCGUCUCUGCUCACUUGAGAGAUGCCGACUUGCCCGCCCAUCUCCGCGCCCAGUACGACGUGCUCGCGGCCCAGCUGUCGUCGCCGAGCAAUACCACGGUCCAAUAUACUCUUGCCCCCUUUCAAAUCAUCCCAGCCGCCGGGCCGUCGCCAAAGGACUUCCUCUCCAUGUCCACUCCUGGCUUCUAUGCCACGAUUGUGUCUGUGCUGAACUACCCCUUCAGCCGUGGGAACGUCCACAUACAAUCCAAAGACCCAAGGGCGGCGCCCGUAUUCGAUCCCAAGGCCAUGUCGCACCCAUUGGAUCUGGAAAUCCACGCGCGUCAUCUGUUCUUUCCCGAACGACUGCGCGCAACACCGCCUCUGUCGCACCUGUUCAAAGAAAAUGGUCGGCGCAUUCACAACGGAGGGAAGCCGAUCGAGACCAUGGAAGAGGCACGGGAGAUGGUGAGAAACGGGUAUAUCCCGCAUUUCCAUCUGUGCGGAACUGCAGCCAUGAUGCCGCGGGAGCUCGGUGGCGUCGUCGAUUCACGCUUGAACGUCUAUGGAGUCAGCGGCCUGCGCGUCGUAGAUGCUAGCGUAUUUCCACUGAUUCCAAGAGGCAACAUUCAGUCAGAUGUGUACGCGGUGGCUGAGAGGGCUGCCGACAUCCUGGCCGAAGAUUGGCAGAAGACAUGUCGGUAG